GAGAGGAUAGCGUUCGGCAGACGGUGGUGUUUGAUGACAUCUUUUUUCCUAUAUACGACCAUUGCCGAUUGAAUAAUACUGUACUUUGGAAUGAUCAAGAAGUCAGAAGAGAGCACAAUUCCUUAGUAUAUGCUGCUGGGGGGCCCCGAUUGUCCCCAUCAGAGGAAGUUUAUAUGGUUUGCAAAAGCGGAAAGACGAACUUGUCACGGCUCCCGCGGUACGAUUUUUGCAUUACAUGCAGAUGAAUGAAAGCGUGCAUCCAAACCAGAUAAAGAUAAAAAGGAAGUAAUUGAAACGAGGAUGUAAAAUGGUCAAAACAGAACAGAACCUACCCACGCCACGUGCGGGGUCUACCUGGAAGAAAGGUUGAAGAGAAGUGUCGUCUUGUUUCUACCAUCUUUGUAGCUGCCCCUGUUGGCUCUGUAACUACCCUGUAUACCUCUCUCUGUCCCGGGGCCAACUUCCACUUUCCUCUUCUCUGAACUUCGAAGGGACUGUUUGGUAGUCGAGUCUCUUUGAGUUUGGUGGGAGGAGACGAGGAGAGGGAGAGAGAGGGGGCAUCGGAUCGGUGUCAUCAUGUGGAGGGACAGAGUGUGCCCGUGCUUCUGGUUCGGGAACGGCAGCCGCCAUGAUCAUGAAGCUUCUGAGGAGAGGAACCCGGUGUUGCUGGUGUCAGGGAUGGGUGGCUCCAUACUCCAUUCCAAGAAGAAGGAGGACAACUGGCUGGGCUUCGAUACCCGGGUCUGGGUCCGCAUCCUCCUCGCGGACUUGGAGUUCAAGAACAAGCUCUGGUCCCUCUUCAACCCCUCCACUGGAUUGAGCGAGUCAUUGGACGAUGAUGUUGAAAUUGUGGUUCCUGACGAUGAUUAUGGGCUCUAUGCGAUCGACAUACUAGACCCAUCAUGGUUUGUGAAACUUAUGCAUCUGAAAGAGGUAUAUCAUUUUCAUGAUAUGAUCGACAUGCUCGUGGGGAUAGGGUAUAAGAAAGGAACCACGUUGUUUGGAUAUGGUUAUGAUUUCCGGCAAAGUAAUAGAGCUAACAAGCUCCUAGAAGGUCUUCAAUCAAAGUUGGAAACUGCUUACAAAGCUUCUGGAGGUAGAAAAGUUGACAUAAUUUCUCAUUCAAUGGGUGGAUUGCUGGUGUCGUGUUUUCUGUCACUCCAUCAAGACGUCUUUUCAAAGUAUGUAAGGAAGUGGAUUUGUAUUGCAUGCCCUUUUCAAGGUGCACCGGGAUGCGUCAAUGACUCUCUCUUAACCGGACUGCAAUUUGUUGAGGGGUUUGAGAGCUACUUUUUUGUGUCUAGGUGGACAAUGCACCAAUUGUUGAUUGAGUGUCCAUCAAUAUAUGAAAUGAUGGCAAACCCUGAGUUUGAGUGGGCGAACCAACCUAAGAUUGAAGUCUGGCAAAAGCACUCUAUUGACGGGGAUGUUUCUGUCAACUUGGAGACCUAUGGUCCCCUUGAAAGCGUCCCUCUAUUUGAAUCAGCAUUGCGAAAUAAUGAGCUAAAUUACCAAGGACGGACAAUACCCUUGCCCUUUAACCUCUCUAUUCUUAAAUGGACUGCUGAAACUCGCAGAAUUAUCAAUGACAUUAAACUUCCAAGUGAGGUUGAGUUCUAUAACAUCUAUGGGACAUCUCUGGACACACCUUUUGACGUUUGUUAUGGUUCAGAGGAAUCCCCCAUUGAGGACUUGUCUGAAAUAUGCCACACUUUGCCCGAGUACUCUUAUGUGGAUGGAGAUGGAACUGUCCCCGCAGAAUCAGCUCGGGCUGAUGGACUCAAGGCAGUGGAGCGAGCGGGGGUUGCUGCUGGUCACCGACAAUUACUACGCGACCCCACUGUCUUUCAACUCAUCCAAAAAUGGUUGGGAUAUGAGCAGGUCAGCUACCCCAAGCGCGUUAGGACUUCGAGAGUAAUGGAUUCUUCUUGAAGAGUAUAGACAUAGCAUAGGAGUUGACUCGUACAGGAGAAUUUGUUCUCCAAGUCUUUUCCUUUCUCUGGAUAUUGGAAACCGAAAUGUGUAUUCGCAUUGUCGAAAAUGUUAGAUCCAUCACCAUUUGAAUGUAAAAGAAAUUCGAUUUUAUGAUGAUUAAUCUGAAAGUUGAUGUCCAGGAUA